CAGGGAGAGCCCAGCGCAGCACAGCAUUGCGGGAAGCCAGGAUGGGAGUGCAGAGCCUGGUGGUGGCUUGUGGGGCAGUGGCCUUGUGCCUGGCACUCACCACAGCCACCAACCCCGGCUUCGUGGUGAGGAUCACCCAGGCAGGCUUGGACUACGCCCAUCAGCACGGAAUUACGAUCCUGGAGAAGGAGUUGGCCCAGCUGAAGCUGCCAGACAUGUCGGGUGACUCUCGUGUUGGGCGUGUGGGGAAGGUGCGCUAUGAGCUCUCCAGACUGCGCCUUCGUGAUUUCCACUUGCCGUACUCACGGAUUACCCCCAUCUCCAACGUGGGCCUGCAGGUCUCCAUCUCCAACGCCUUUGCGGAGCUGGAUGGGGACUGGCGGGUGAAGUUUCUCUUUGUCCGGGACCAUGGCUCAUUUGACCUGAAGGUGGAAAAUGUCUACAUCAAAAUCAGCCUGAGGCUGGGCAGCGAUGCCGCUGGGAAGCCCACCGUGAGCACCUCGGAGUGCAGUGCCCGCAUCUCCAAAGUCCGGGUGCUCUUUUCGGGCAGGCUGGGGUGGCUUUACAACCUCUUCCACAGGGCUAUUGAGUCCAGGUUCCGAAAGAUUUUGGAGGACAAGAUCUGUGACAUUGUGGACAAGUCUGUACAAAAUGAGCUCCAGACAUACGUCCAGACCUUGCCAGUCACAGCGAGGAUAGAUGCCAAGACUGGGAUUGAUUACUCCUUGGUGGCAGCCCCAAGAGCUACCGCCCAGUCUCUGGAUGCAGGCCUGAAGGGUGAGUUCUACUCCCUGGCCCACCGCUCCACCGUCCCCUUCUCACCGCUGCCACUGGCCUUGCCCUCGGAUCACGACCGCAUGGUUUACUUUGGAGCCUCCAGCUACUUCUUCAACACAGCUGGCAUCGCCUACCACGAGGCCGGGGCACUGGUCUUCGAAAUCACGGAGGACAUGAUCCCAAAGGAUAUUGGAUUCAGCUUGGACACCUCCACCUUCUCAGCCUUCAUUCCCCAGCUGGAGGAGAUGUACCCAAACAUGCCAGUGAAGUUCAGGCUGUCCACUCCCACUGCUCCGUUCCUGACUAUUGGACCAGGAGGAAUCUCGCUCAAUCCCAUUGUGGAAGCCCAGGCUUAUGCCAUCCUUCCCAACUCCAGUCUGGCUCCACUCUUCCUCCUCAGCCUGACAGGGAACGUGUCUGCUGUCAUCAACGUGAGAUCCGACCGCAUAGUUGGGAGCCUGGAUGUGGGCAGGAUCAGGCUCUCUCUGAAGGAUUCUGCUGUCGGCACUUUCGAGGUGAGAACGAUGCAGUCCUUAAUGAACAUCUUGACUUCCAGUAGCCUGCUCCCACGUCUUAAUGCCCGGUUAGAUGAGGGUUUCCCUCUGCCGCUUCUGGACAGGAUUCAGCUCUCCAAUAUCCUUGUGAGGUUCUACCAGAAUUUCCUGCUGCUCGGAGCAGAUGUUCACUUCCAGCCCCGGGGAUGAAGAUAAGGCAGUGAGAGCCCUCCAGCACUGCAAAUGCUCCAUUCACCACUUUGCCCUUCCCUGCCCCUGCCAGAGCCAAAGGGCACCGCUCCUGCCAGUGUCCCACAUUGCUGCCUUGGCCCGGACCCUCCAUCCUCCUUCUGGGGCCUCACCUGGUGCUACCAAGAGCUGGGGGUGCCCUGUCCUGAGCCACCCCCUCCCCUCCCUCCCUCUGAGCAGCAAUAAAGGUGCUGGUGCUGGGG